GGGGCGCGAAGCUCGGGGGCAGCGCUGGCUGCGCAGGCGGAUCCGGCAGCCGCGUCCUCCCCGCGAGCCGCUGCUCGGCUGGGCUGCAGCACCCCCGUCCCCGGUGCCCCCGGGGGGGUCGCGUCACGCCGUGCCCAAUGUGUCACCGCUCGCAUCCGUCCCCUCCCAGCGCGCGUCGCCGGCUGCGGGCAGGGCGAGGCGGGGGCCCGGCGAUGCUGGCGGGCUCCGAGGCGCUCGCUGCAGUGAGGCUGCGGCGCUCCGCAGGCACCCGGGAGGCAGCGGGAGCGGAUCCUGGCUGCGGAGCCCCCCCAGGCUCUGAGCGCUGCGUCCCCCCCGCGUCCCGGCUGCGAAGGGCGAGCAGGACGAGCGGCCGGACCGCGGUGCUGAGACCCGGCAUGGAGUGGCCGGCGGGCACGGACAUGGCGGAGAAGCAGAACCCGGUGGACUACGGGGUCCAGAUCCGCUUCAUCAAUGACCUGCAGGAGCCCAAGAAGCCCCCCAAGGCGCGGGCCAAGCCGGGCUCCUACGGGGUGGCGGUGCGCGUGCAGGGCAUCGCCGGGCAGCCCUUCGUCGUGCUCAACAGCGGCGAGAAGGGCAGCGACUCCUUCGGGGUGCAGAUCAAAAGCGAGGGCGCCUACACCGGCCCCCCCAGCGCCCCCUGGCCCCCCGAGCUGCCCCCCGGCCCCGUCAGCCCCGACUCGGAGCUGCCGGAGAACCCCUACGUGCGCCGGCAGCCCUCCUGGAGCACCUCAGACGAGGAGCCCGGUGGGGGGGUCCCAGCGCCCCCCCGGCACAAGCCCCCCACCAAAGCGUCCGCCCAGGGAGAGCUGCGGAGGACGCAGUCCCACGGCAAUCUGCUCACUGCCCACGAUGACGAGGAGCCCUUCGCCCCCGGCCCACCGCGGGGGCAGCCCGGCGGCCCCCACCAGCCCCGGGCUCUGUCCGGCAGCAGAAGCAGCAGCAUGCUGAGCGUCGCUGCGCCGCCCCGGCCGGCACCGGGCGAAGUGUCCGGCUUUGGGGCUGCCGUCAGGGAGCCCUCCUCGGACUCAGAGGCCCCGGGGCGCCGGCGGCCGGGGGGCUCUGAUGGCAGCGACAUAGACACCAAGCCGCUCUCCUCGGUGGACUCGCUCAUCAGCAAAUUUGACGGGAAGGUGCAGCAGAGGGGCCGGGCAGCCCGGAGGGGCCGCAUCCCCUCGGAGGAGAGGAAGCGCUCGCAGAGCCUCGACGGCCGCGUGUCUCACCGCGCCGUGCCGGACGGCCGGGAGCUGAGCGGUGCCCGGCGCGGGGACUUCGCCCCCUGCCCUCGGGGCCCACCGGCAGCCUGGGCCGGGAGCAGGGAGCCAGGCCGGCGGAGGAGGGGGCGGCGAGGAGCCAGCGGGCGACCCGGGGCACUGGAGGAGCCCCCGACCGAGCGGCUGCAAAGCAAAGCCCGGGCAGAGCUGCAGUUCAAAUCCACCCCGGACCUGCUGCGGGACCAGCGGGAGGUGGCCCAGCCUGGCAGCAGCGAGCACACCAAGGAGCUCAUCUACAGCAUCCUGAAGGAGGGGAGCAGAGACAGCGAAACCUCCCUGAAGAGGAAAACUGCCCUGGUGUUCGAGAAGGUGCAGGAGCUGACGGUGCCUGCCAAGGACGCGGCGUGCUCCCAGCCCCAGCACGCGGAGCUGGCCAGGAAGGUGGAGGAGCUGCAGGAACGGCUUGACGAGGAGACCAAGCUCCGCCAGAAGCUGGAGCUGACGAGGGACCCGGCGCGGAGCGGCACCGCACGGGCACUGGAGGCCCGGCUGCAGGAGGCUGAGGAGGAGAGCCAGCGCCUGCGGGCGGCCCUGGAGAAGAAAGGCCAGGAGCUGCAGAGGAGCCUGCAGGAGCUGGCCGAGGCGAAGGCAGCCCGGGGACGGGCAGAAACCCGGCUGGGUGAGCGCGAGGAGCAGCUGGCGGCGAUGCGCGAGGAGCUCGGCCGCCUGCACCAAGCCUCGGGGGCGUCUCCGGACAGGGAAGCCUUGUACAAGGAGCUGCUGGAGACCCGCGAGGAGCUGGAGGAGGCGCUGAGCUCCAAGCAGCGGCAGGAGGAGCACCUGCGGCUGCGGGAGCGGGAGCUGACGGCGCUGAAGGGGGCCCUGAAGGAGGAGGUGGCGAACCACGACAAGGAGCUGGACCGCGUCCGGCAGCAGUACCAAAGCGACAUGGACCAGCUGCGGCGCAGCAUGGAGGGCAUCUCGCAGGAUCAGGCCAGCCUGGAGUCGGAGAAGCAGAAAAUCAGCGCCGUGGUGAGGAACCUGCAGCGGGAGCUGGAGGAGAGCACGGAGGAGACGGGGCACUGGCGGGACAUGUUCCAGAAGAACAAGGACGAGCUCCGCACCACGAAGCAGGAGCUGCUGCAGGUGAAGCUGGAGCGGGAGGAGUUCGAGGAGGAGCUGCGGGAGCUGCGGGAGCGCUUCUCAGCCGCACGGGAGGAGGCGGACCAGGCGCGGAGCAACGCGCUGGACCCUGGCGAGCUGGAGGCGCUCAAGAAGGAGCUGCGCCAGGCCCAGGAGGCGCAGCGGGAGCUGGUGGCAGAGAAGCAGGAGCAGGACGAGCGGCUGCGGCAGCGGGAGCGGGAGCUGGCGGCCCUGCAGGGCACCAUGCGGGAGGAGGCGUCCAGCCGCGACGGGGCCAUUGAGCGGUACCGCAGGGACCUGCAGCAGCUCCAGAAGGAGCGGGACGAGGCCGUGAAGGAGAAGGCUUCCCUGGAGAGCGAGAGGGAGUCCUCGGAGCAGGCGAGGAAGGCGGUGGAGUCCACCCUGCGGGAGCUGCAGGAGCAGAAGGACGACCUGAGGAGGAAGGUCCUGGGCAUGGAAACGCAGCUGAAGGAGUACGAGCGCAUGGGCGAGAGCUGGGAGGGCUCCCAGGCCCGGCUCAAGGAGAAGGUCACCAAGCUGGAGGCAGAGCGCAGGCAGAUGGAGGAGUCGCUGGGGGAAUCCACGGACCGGGAGCAGGAGCUGCUGAUGGCCAAGAGGUUGCUGGAGACGCGCUUGGACGAGGCGCAGCGCAGCCUGGCCCGGCUGACGCAGGAGCACCAGGAGCUGAGCGCCUCCUUCCAGGAGGAGCAGAGGCAGAAGGAGCAGCUGAAGCGCGCCAAGAGCGAGCUGGAGGAGCAGAAGCGGCUCCUGGACCGGACCACGGAGAAGCUGAACAAAGAGCUGGAGCAAAUGGCAGAGGAGUCGAACAGCUCGCUGGCCGUGCUCAAGUCACAGCUGGAGGAGUUCAAGGAGAAGUCACGGAAGGAGAUCACGGACUCCCAGAAACAAGCGAAGGACCGGGGUGCCGAGGUGGAGAAGAUGCAGUUCAGCAUGGGCCGGCUGCAGGACGAGGUGUCCCGGCUGAAGCAGGCGCUGCAGGACAGCCAGGCAGAGCGGGAGAGCGCGCUGCUGGACAAGGAGGUGCUGCUGCAGCGCCUGCACAACCUGGAGCAGGAGGCGGACGCCAAGCGGCGCUCCCAGGACGACCGCUCCCGGCAGGUCAAGGCGCUGGAGGAGAAGUCCAAGCGCCUGGAGGUGGAGCUGGAUGAGGAGAGGACCACGGUGGAGCUGCUGACAGAGCGGGUCAACCGCAGCAGAGACCAGAUUGACCAGCUGCGGGCAGAGCUGCUGCAGGAGCGCUCCAGCCGCCAGGACCUGGAGUGUGACAAGGUGUCUCUGGAGCGGCAGAACAAGGAGCUGAAGAACCGCUUGGCCAGCUCUGAGGGCCUGCAGAAGCCCAGCGGCAACGUCUCGCAGCUGGAGGCGCGCGUGGAGGAGCUGCAGGACAGGCUGCAGGCGGAGGAAAGGGAGAAGAACGUCCUGCUGUCCUCCACCCGCAAGCUGGAGCGCAAGGUGAAGGAGCUGACCAUCCAGAUCGACGACGAGCGGCAGCACGUCAGCGACCAGAAGGACCAGCUGAGCCUGCGGGUGAAGGCCCUGAAGCGCCAGGUGGACGAGGCCGAGGAGGAGAUCGAGCGGCUGGAGGCCGCUCGCAAGAAGGCGCAGCGCGAGCUGGAGGAGCAGCACGAGCUCAACGAGCAGCUGCAGGCCCGCAUCAAGACGCUGGAGAAAGAGGCCUGGCGCAAGGCCGCCCGCUCGGCCGCCGAGUCGUCGCUGCAGGACGAGGCGCUGAGCUCGGACGAGGAGCUGGACAGCGCCUACGGGCCCUCCUCCAUCGCCUCGCUGCUCAACGAGGCCAACCUGCAGACCAGCUCCUGCUGAGGGCCCGGGGCCACCGCAGGAUCGGGCCGCCGGGUGCAGGAGGCCGUUUGCCGACACGGAGGAAGAGGGGCCGGGCCGAGUUGUGGGCUGGGGGGGCCGCAGCCCCCAGGACCCCGUCUGGCCUCUUUGUCUUCCUGCGGG